AUGGGUCGAUUGUGGAGGCCGAGAGGUUUGGGACGAAAUAAGUUCUAUUUUGAUUGGGGAAGACUCAUUUUGAUUAAAAUGCAUGCAGAUGGAUAUGAUCCUUUGGAUCCUAAAGGCAACAUAACCAUUAAAUGGGAUCUUUUGCAAUCCAAUUCUGAUACAAAUGAUGUGAAGGUAUCAUUGUUGAACUUUCAACUAUACCGCCACAUAGAGCAGCCCGGCUGGAAACUGGGGUGGGAAUGGCUUGGCAAGGAGGUGAUAUGGAGCAUACAGGGAGCCGAGGCGACCGAGCAAGGAAACUGCUCCAGGUUCAAAGGAGGACAGCUUCCUCAUUGUUGCGAGAAUAAGCCAUUGAUUGUUGAUCUUCUACCUGGAGCUCCCUAUAACAUUCAAACUUCUAAUUGUUGCAAAGGAGGUGUGUUAUCAUCCAUGAUUCAAGAUCCUACUAAGUAUGCUGCAGUUUUUCAAAUGAACAUUAGAGCUGGAGGUGCCGCUGAUUCGGAUUUCGAUAUGCCACAAAAUUUCAGUCUCGGAGUUCCAGGCUACACGUGUGCGAAACCGGUUCAGGUUGCACCAAGUAAGUAUAGCUCAGAUGGUGGCCGCCGCUGGACACAAGCUCUUGGGACAUGGAAUGUGACGUGUAUUUACUCCCAAUAUCAGGCAUCAACUUCUCCAAAAUGCUGUGUCUCCUUAUCUGCAUUCUACAAUGACUCGAUUGUUCAUUGUCCCAAGUGCAGCUGCAGUUGCCAAGGACUACCCGGGUCAAAAUGUGUAAAAUUUGGCGAAACACCAUCGCUAUUGCAACAAGUAAAAGACCCAAAUCAAGAGCCGCCAUCGAUAGUGAGAUGUACACAGCAUAUGUGCCCAAUAAGAGUCCAUUGGCAUGUGAAACAAAGUUACAAGGAAUAUUGGCGAGUGAAGAUCACUGUGAAUAAUCUAAAUAUCCUAAAGAACUAUAGUGGCUGGAACUUGGUCGCAUUGCACCCUAACCUCAAAAGCUUGACACAAGUUUUCAGCUUCAACUAUCACCCACUUAACCAAUAUGGACAUAUCAAUGACAGUGGGAUGUUUUGGGGGGUUGAGUACUACAAUGACAUGCUGUUACAAGAAGGUGAGGUUGGAAAUGUGCAAAGUGAGAUGUUGCUGCACAAAGAUGAAGGGAUAUUCAGUUUCAGGGAAGGAUGGGUUUUCCCUAGGAGGAUUUUGUUUAAUGGUGAUGAAUGUGUGAUGCCACCUCCUGAUGAUUACCCAAGGCUGCCUAAAAAUACUGCUCGUGCUGCCAGUUUCACCCUAUCUAUAAUCUUUUCUCCUUUAUUUAUGCUGCUAAUUAUAUUUGCGUGUUGA